AUGCGGCAGGCCAAUGCCGAACCGCCAUGGCCUUUGAUGGUAGUCGGGAUAUUGGCGCAAACUUCCUCCAACAGCUCUUCCCAUCAUGACGAUCCCGGCAAACCCGGUGAUAAGCUACAGGAAUGGUCUUCACUUAUUGGCAUCGUCACUGCCAUUGUAGGCAAUGUACUCAUCGCCCUUGCGCUCAAUGUCCAAAGAUACGCCCAUAUUCGGCUUCAUAAGCAACGGAAUAGGAACCGAAGGAGAGCAAAGGAGGCUCUAAAACACAGCCACCUCGGAGACCACGGUGGUUCAUACGGUACUAUCGGGGGGGGCGGCAAUGGGCCUGUAUGCCACAAUGGCCAUGAGACCGUUAUAAAUGAGGAAAAUGGCGUCGACGAGAGCUGCGAAACCGACCCUCUCAACGGAUCUUUACAUUCAGAGCCAUCAGGGAGAAAUGGUAGCAAACAGGAUGCCGACGAUGAAACCUCAUCCUCGUAUCUCAAAUCUCCCUACUGGUGGCUGGGCCAAGUCCUCAUCACGCUUGGUGAGAUGGGUAACUUCCUCGCAUACGGAUUUGCCCCAGCUUCAAUCGUCUCUCCGCUUGGCGUUGUGGCCUUGAUCUCGAACUGCAUCAUUGCGCCGGCCAUGUUUAAUGAAAAGUUCCGCCAUCGCGACUUUUGGGGGGUCGUUAUUGCUGUGGGUGGUGUUGUAACUGUUGUUCUAAGUGCGAAGCAGGAGGAGACCAAGCUGAACCCUCAUGACGUAUGGGACGCCAUCACGACAUUGGCUUUUGAGAUUUACCUUGCCGUGACCAUAUCUCUUAUAAUCUGCCUCAUGUGGGCAAGCCCUAGAUAUGGUAAACACACCAUUCUCAUCGAUUUGGGACUUGUCGGCUUGUUCGGCGGCUACACUGCCCUUGCAACCAAAGGUGUCUCUUCAAUGCUAUCAUCUACUCUGUGGGGCGCUUUUGCAACUCCUGUUACGUAUGUUCUUAUUGUCAUUCUUCUUGGUACGGCUGUCAUGCAGAUACGCUACGUCAACAAGGCUUUACAGCGGUUCGACUCCACACAGGUUAUUCCAAUUCAGUUCGUCAUGUUUACUCUAUGUGUGAUUAUUGGCAGCGCCGUUCUUUACCGCGAUUUUGAACGAACGAAUGCCGAGCAAGCAACCAAAUUUGUUGGCGGAUGUCUCCUUACCUUUUUUGGUGUCUUCCUCAUCACUAGUGGUCGUGAGCAGAGCCAUGACGAUGACGAGGUUCUAUCUGAAGAUGGCGAUUUUGAGGACACUAUUGGUCUCGCAGAUCACGAUGGCAACGCUACGUCAACUAUUCCAGAGGGUCAGGGAUUUCCCACCUCGAAAUCACGAUCACGAAGGUCUAGUCAUAUAUCAUCUCUCAAUUAUUCCGAUGCAUACAGAGUAUCAGUCGCAGCCGCCACGCCGCAACAUGAUAACAACUUCCUAUCAGCCAAGGUUUUAAGCUCGCAAAUGUCUCCGGGUCAGGAGACAUCGGCUUCUGGUUUCCCCUGGGACGAUUUUGGAGGCCCAUCAACACCGCCGGGAAGAGGCGUUAGAACAUACUCUACCGAUUCGGUUCUUGCAGCACCAGGUGCUACUGUUUCAACAGCUUUCGCUUCCCAGCCAACGACGCCGCUGAGAGAGCCUCUCGCUAGCGAUGGGUCACUUCUUCCCCGUGCGCUGGCUAGUCCUACGAGGCCAGCUGGUUCCGGAACCCGAUCCAGGACUUUCAUAUCCCCAUCUCCCCUCUCUUCGACAGUCACAGCUGUUGUCAAGGACGCCUUUCUGCGCGCCUCUGACGAUCCACGUGUGCGCCAAUCCUCAAUGCGUCGCAUACGUUCAACCAUUCGCGCCGGACUGUUCUUCAAUGAACAUGACGAGGACGCUGACGUCGACAAUAACAAUAGCCGGCCCAACGCCUUGCACACACGUUCAGCAGUUCCCAUUUCAGUAGAAAACCUCCCAGCUGUAUUGGACGAGGCUGAGGAGCCUACAGACGAGAAUGAUCAAACGCGACGGAGGUCAAGGAGUGUUAGUGAUACCUUGGGCGACUUUUUUGGUGUCAAGCGCAAGAAGCGCCAUAAUAGCUAUUUCGCGAGCGAUGUCGAAGACGACACAAUAGGAGGGGCCACUGCGGGUCGCGAUCAGAUAGAUCGACAAAGGGGAUACCGAGAAGUAUAA